AAAGAUGUCAACAGAAGAUGAAUACAAGUUUAUGUGUCCUCGACCGCGAAGCACGCGGGCUUGUGAGAAUUGCAGAUCGCGCAAGAUCCGAUGUCUGCCGUCUGAGAAACCGUCGAGUGCCUGCCGGAGAUGUAUCAAAUUGGGUUACGACUGUACUCUUACCUCGAGCAACAAUGAACAUCCAUCUACAAAUAACCCGUUGCGGAGCAGUAGUAGCGAGAUCCAGAAUGAGGACGUAGUCGCCUCACUUUUCAGGAACGCGCCAAAACACGGAGAUCAGUCUGCCCAGAUGUGUGAGCUGCAUCGCCAAAUGAUGCGCAAGCAGCUACUAGGCGACGACACUUCUCAUGGUGCUCAGGAGACGAGUCACAGUGCUACCACGCCGCCUCUCACUCAAACCUCGACAUCUAACACGGAAUACAAGAACCUCCGUGUGAGUAUGAAAGAGGCAGAUGAGCUUCUAUCCCACUUCCAGUCGAAAAAAGUUUACUUCCCGUUCGUGGAUGUACCGGAAAACAUCUCAGCCGCCUCCAUGGCGAAGACCCGUCCCUUCCUCUUCUUAGCGAUUCUCACUAUAUCGGCAACGCGGCGGCCGCUCCUGCAGAGAAAGCUCGAUGAGAGAUUCCGGCAAGUAUUGAGUGAAAGGAUUGUUCUCCAAGGAGACAAAAGCCUAGACUACGUUCAGGGUCUCCUGGUCUAUCUUGCAUGGCACCCUAUACACAUUCGGCCAUUGAACAACCAGAUGUGGCAGUACGUUCAAAUCCUCCGAGGUAUGCUGUCGGACCUGAGGUUUGACCAGAAGCUACACGAAACGGCUGCGCGCAAUGCCUGUCUCGGAUGCUAUAACCUGUCCUCGCUAUUUGCUCUUGGCUUUCAGCGACGCAGCGACUCGACGCUGUAUGAAAUAAUAAAGUCUACUAUUGAAGGAACUGCACCAAUCGACCAAGAUAACAGUCAACAUACGCUGCUUUCCAAGACCCAGAUGCUGUGGGAGACUGUAGCUCGAACAUCUGAGCAGGGGGGUGAUAAUCUCCCCAAUUGCUCCCUGUCAUUUCACCGGCAGAUCCAAGACAUAGAGCGCAAGAUCUGUUCCGAGACCCCGGAGACAGCUUCGCUACGUAUCUCGAUACUGUCGCUGAAAGUAGUCACAGCGUAUCUCCUUUGGAUGGUUCAUAGCCCAAGCUCCAGCCUUAAAUCAUCACACCACCCCCGAUCAUUUGAGUUCCAACCAUGUGAACAUGUGAAGGAAGCAAGAUCGUGCCUAGCGGAGAUCCGAGGAUUUUUCGAUUACUUUCUCUCGUUACCAGCAGACCAAUACAUCUACUUUUCCAUCCGGGAAUGGUGCCAGCUAAUUCUUACAACCAGCACUGCCUCACAGAUAUGCUUUCUCACUCACCCCUUCAUGAACACCCAAUGGUACGAUUUUCAGACUAAGGCGCGAUCGACCAUGCAAAUAUACCUGGAAAGCCUCUUGCACCGCAUGACGACCUUAUCCGUCUCGAAGACUGGCGACACACCAGACAUUUUCUGCAUGUUCAGAUCGGUCUUGGAUGUUGUUCUGGAAACAUAUGCUGUCGCCAGGAUCAACUCUCCCUUGCAGUCGGAUCCGGAUCCCUCGGGUACUGAAGGCACGGACUCUCCGAGUGUGGGUGCAACGAGCACGACGUCCAGACGGUGUCCCAUGAUGAAUGGGAGCAUCAAACAGACGGAGUUCUGGGAGGCAGUGCAGCAGAGUAACACCCUCUGUGGAGGAGUUCCGGAAGCCAAGAGUAGUGGUCGGUAUUUAGGAGCGUUCGGGGCUGGUAUGGAUGGACUAUUCGAUGAUGCUCAGGAUUGGCCGAGUUUGUUUUCCGAAUGGGUCAGUUUUACCUAAGUUAGGUUUAUUGUGUGCUGGAUGCUGCUCGAUAACCUC